UCGAAGACUUUAAACGCACCAAGUUGCCUAGUUCGGCUGCACGACUACUCGACUCCUCUUUCGAUUGUGUGUGGAUUCCACAUAGAGUAUUCGCCAUGAAUCUGCGCUACAUUUGCACAUUGUCGCUGCUGCCCACGCUGUAUGUGCUGCUGGUGCUGCUGCUGGAGUAUGUGGAGCAGGGCCUCGCCCAAAAUCCGGAUCCGUUGUUCGAGUUGCCCGUGCAGCUGGUCGGUUUUCCAGUUAUUGUCCUGUCGGUGCGUCUGUCGCAGUUUGCCAAAAAGUUGGCUUACUCCCUCAAUCCAAAUACGUAUCGUUCGCGUAGCAGACGUGACGCUGCCCACCCACUAGCUUUGGACGCCCAGUUGGCCCAGAAGGAGAUACAGCGCGAGUUCGGGCCACAGGCUUGCAUACUCGAGGAGCCGUGUCGUGUGCAUGCCUCACGUCCAGGCAGUCAACGGCAAUCUGGUAGCGACGGCAAGGCAAAGCUACAUGCGCCCUGGUCGGAGGUCUUGAGGAACUACAAAGUGCAAUCAACCGACGGCUUGAAACAAUGGUAUCUGCUCUCGGUCUUUAUCGGCGAUGCUGUGCGGGAUGUGCCGCUAUGCAAGCACCUGGCCAAACGGAUGCCAUGUCCAGGCACUGGACCACUGCCGCCGCCACAGCCUCGCUAAGGAGUGGUCGCAUGUCGGACUAGGCGGCACUCGAACAUGGGCGGGCUUUAUUUUAUUUUUUAUUGUAGACGUCGCAGUUCCGGGGGCAUCUGCAGCAUCUACAUCGCAUCGUGUAGUCAGUCAAUCGCAUGGACAUCUUUGUUACGUUCUUUCCAACCCCAACUCCAACUCUGUUUCUAUUUAUCGUCACUCUUCAUUAAUUCGUACUGUUAGUUGUUUUUAAGGGCUUUAAUUUAAAUGACAGACAGCAUAGGCUUAGACUUAUAUAAGUAUGUACGAAGAAUAAGCAAAUAAAUCAACAAAAAUCAAAUGAAAAUUGUAUGUGCCUAUGCCGUGUCAUGCCUGCGCUUUUAAGAGCCCCCUUAUCCCACAGACCCCGUCCAGUUUGAAGUUUCAUCUGCUCGGACAAUGCAUUUUACACUCUGCCCCCGUCUUACAAACCAUUUGUCUGGUUGCAAACAAAAAUUGAUACGCCAAAAAGCAUGCAACGGAAAAAAACGCAUGCAUACUUUGCAGCGGAGCGCACAAAUUGUUGACGCAAGGCAUUAAGCUGCAGACUCGUUGUGAAUACCCUGUAACCGUGCAGAAAGGCUAUAUUGAACUACCCCUUUUGGAUAACCUUUUUAAUAGAUUUAAAAAGAGAAGAUACUUCUCUUAUAAUAUUUGUUAUAUAAUAUCUCCCAGUAAGAAUAAAUAGGAUUCAAUAAGAAACUUA